AUGAGAGUUUCAGCAAUUUUCUAUUUUGUUAAUAUUUUAUUUCUAGUCAGUUUGAUAGUGCCUUGUAUGUGCACAGAGAAUGUAAUGCAGAAGAAAGUUAAGAGUGCAUUCAAUUCAUUAAAUAACAAAUUAAGGAAUUAUGAUGAUAAAAAAAAAAAGAUAAUGUUAGCCGCAGCUGCAGGAGUAUUAAUAACCAUAAUGUCAGCCGUAGUUGGAGGAAUUUUUUAUCGUAGACAAAGUAGUAAAGAUAGAUGGGAUAAUCCUGAUUUAGUGGAUGACGUUCAUAACCUUGUACUAGAAGCUAUAGAGUAUGGCAUUCUGUUUACGCAUAAGAAUUACUAUGGUGGUAAAGAUAUUGAUAAAUCAUUUCCAAGUGAAAAAGACAUAAAGAAAUACCUUCUAAAGAAUUUAAAAAGUGAUAACCUGGAUCUAACAUUUUCACAGAAGCAGGAUUUAAUUCGUAUGAUUCCUUAUAUUGAACUUAAUAUCAGAAAGGCUUGUUAUAACUAUGAAAAUACUAAAAUACAAUAA